UUUUAAACACGGGAAUACACCCCGAAUAACAACGUGGUGUUUUGCUGUCGGGAUCAAUUAAAAACAAUCUCGCUGCAAAUAGUGAUUUCCUGCUAAAAGUUGUGUUUGUUGCAACGUCCUGCAAGUGCUCGCGGGUGAAACCGGGCUGCGGCAGGAGUUUGGCUUGGAAAUCUUUGGUUAGAAAGCACCCCUGGAUGUGUAUUGAAUUGUUUGCGGUCUCAAAUGGACAGAACCCCAAUCGGUGAGGUGAUGAGAAACUUUGCAGGAUAGAACGGGGAGUUUGGGGAAAUUGCUUGCCUGAACCAUGCUGGUUUAUUGAUAAAAACAUUGCUAUGCAAGAACGCGAGAGACCGAAAAUAGCGCCAAAACCGAUAAUUGCCACCAAGCCCAAAUAUGUGCCCCCCGUUAAAAUUCAACAGCGACCUGUUGCCUCGCCAAAUCCCACCGCGACUGCGCCCCCUUGUCGAAGAACCAGUUUGGAGAAUUUCCAUCAUCCGGAAAGAACCUUGGGCGACGUCCAGGAACCCGCGCGACUCGACAGGGACAACAGGCGAAUUUCUGGCGAAUAUGCAGAUAAAGAGCAGGUGCUCAGAAGAAAGACUCGCGAGGAGUUUGGUGGGCAUCCGCGCCACCAACUGGACCCUGCAAGGAAACUUCCGCCCCAGCAGAGCUCGUAUAAUUCUAAGGCGGAAGCCGCUUUGCUCCCCAGGGAAAACACCUCCUAUUUCCUGCCCCAGAAUGACAAAGAGCCGCUCUACCCUCGUAGGGAAUUAAUGGAGGCUUUUACCAAAAGGUCCUACGAGCAGGAGCCGUCGUCGAGCCUCCGGCAGGAGACUCAGGUCAGUCAAAUGACGACUUUCGUGAGUGAAAAGUGCGAUAAAUUCUACAGGAAAACCUUGGAGGUGAGUCAAAAACCUCCAAACUCCCCCAGCACCGUUUGCUGCAGCAUUCUAUCAAACGCGGCCACCGAUUGUUGCGGCAUCAUCAACAUGACUAAAAAUGAGCUGAACGGAAAGCUGAGCAAACUGGAAUCAGUUGACUCCAAUUCAUCAGACUCCGGCGGAUUUAAGGAUUUCAUUCCGGCUCCCAUUGAGGAAGCUUCAUCAAUGUUCCACCAUCAGCGGAAGAUCUCACAACCGGAGUUUUUGAACGAUCGCAAGCUGUCCGAAGCGCGGCCGAUCGGCCACCAGAGAAAAUCCUCCCAGCCUAACUUUGACAGCUCGCGGAAGAACUACGUGGCGAACGCUCAAGCUUUGGCUCAAUUCCUGCCUCAGACUGAGCAGAAAAUUCUGAUGCAUAACCAGAAGAGCGAGGAGGCGCGCACGCGACAACCGAAAUCCAUUCUGUCGCAGGGAAACAUUCAACAAUCCACCAAGAAGUUGGAGGAGCUGCUCGCUCAGCGGCUGGAGAAGGACAAGCUGAGCAGGAAGGGCGCCCAGAAUUGCCUCAUUGACGGCGCCGGUGAGGAUGUGGAGCAGAAAAUGCGCAUCCAGAGACAAAUUCAACAGAAACUGCACGCUGAUCUCGAGCAAACUGUCAAGCAGAUCCAGGAGAUUCAGAGCACUGAGUAUCGGCUGCCUCAGAACCGAAAAUGGAACGAGAGCAAUCGAAGCCAGCCUGCUAUUGGCCUGAAGCACACCCCGAAAUCUCGGCCGACGAUAUUUGGGACUGUUGCUUCGGAUCUAACACCAAAGGACUGUUCCAAUCGACGGAGUUUGCCGCAAACGCCGACGAUAAAAAGCUUCUCAACUAUUUUUUCCACAGAUUCAAACCAGGACAGUUCGGUGGAGCUGGGCAUUCAGCAAGACAACGCUUUAGUAUACCGAGACGGCAACCUUCUGAGCGGCUCAUUGGAGGCUCUGAUCCAACACAUGGUGCCUACAGAAUCGUACUAUCCAGAUCGCGCCUACUUGUUUGCAUUCCUGCUUUCCGCCCGGCUAUUUAUCAAGCCGCAUGAUCUUCUGGCUCAGGUGCGCGCACUUGGGGAUCAGCAGCAGGGGCUGGGCGAGUCCGGAUCGCUUCCUGGUGCCUCCAACGGGCCUCAGCAGAUGCGAUUCGUCGAGAAAAUGGUGCAACUGUUGGCCGAAUGGACCGAACAGUUUCCCUACGAUUUUAGGGAUGAGCGGAUGAUGGAACAUGUGAGGAAGAUCACGCAACAGUGUUGCUCAAUCAACCCGACGUUGAGGGCGAAUGUAUCGCUUUUGCUGCACAAUUUGCAUCCGCGAUUGACUGCCUUGGAAGAGUACGAAAAGAGUCUGGAAAAUCAGACGAAUACCGCUUCAUCAGACGAGCACAUUUCCUGCCCGGAUAUUUCGGACAUUUGCCCGCAUCCCGAUAAACUUGCGCAACAACUUACUCAUGUGGAAUUAGAGAGGUUGUCGUUCAUUGGGCCUGAAGAGUUCGUCCAAGCAUUCGCCAAGGAAAAUCCAGCGCUAGAAACUUCGUUUAAGGACCUGAAGAAGACACGCAACCUCGAACAGUACGUUCAAUGGUUCAAUCGACUGAGCUACUUUGUCGCCACUCAAGUGUGUAAAUACCAAAAGAAGAAGCAGCGAGUGAAAAUGGUGGAAUUCUGGAUAGAGACCGGGCGGGAAUGUUUCAACAUCGGCAACUUCAAUAGUCUGAUGGCCAUAAUUGCUGGUCUGAACAUGUCGCCGAUUUCCCGACUGAAAAAGACGUGGAACAAAAUCCAGUCGGGCAAGUUUGCCAUUCUGGAACACCAAAUGGAUCCGAGCAGCAACUUCAGCAGCUACAGAAGCACGCUGAAGGCGGCGAUGUGGCGCAGCGCUGGCGCCACUGAUCAGCGCCAAAGAAUAGUAAUUCCCUUCUUCAGCCUGCUGGUCAAAGACCUGUACUUUCUCAAUCAGGGCUGUUCUAGCAAACUGCCGAACGGCCAUAUCAAUUUCGAGAAGUUCUGGCAACUGGCCAAGCAGGUGACUGAAUUUAUGGCCUGGAAACAGGUGACUUGCCCCUUUGAGAAGGAUUCUAAGGUGAUUUCAGUGCUUCAGCACAGCCCUGUGCUCAAUGAAAACGCGCUGGCACGGGCCAGUUUCGAGUGCGAACCCCCCGAUAACAAUCAGGAGAAGGAGCGCUGUAAAACGCUGAAAGCUGAAGGAGGUAGCAAUUCCUAAUUUUCCUUCUUUUUUCUAUGCAAGAUUGCCACGUUUUUUCGUUUGCAAUCGCGCUUUGGACGCCACUGGUUCGUCCGCAUUUCGGAUUAAUAUUCUUUGCGUAAUAGUUGCGAACAUUUUGCAAAAAAAUCCGGUCUUACGUGAUUUUUCUGUGAGUAUUUGAGCUUUUGCCAGUUUCGAACAGUACAAGAUUUCGAAUUUUGUUCAAAUCGCAAUUGAAAAAAUCUACGUAUUGUGGAAAGUGUCCAAGCAAGCUCAGAUCAGAUGAAUCGAGAUUUUCGUAGCUGAUGCUGAAGUAUCGUCGUUUUAGCCAGAAGCCAGUCAAUGUGUACGAGCUUCAAGUUUAUUCUUCUUUAAAUAGAAAAGUUGCUGAACUCGAACCUCGAGCAAGUUGAAAUUUUCUUGCAAAAUUCCCAAAAGAAGCGUUCUAAAUCGGAGCUGAUCGAAUAUUUUUGGCGCAAAAGUUCCACGCAAUUCCUCAAUUAAGUAGAAUCUAUUUUUAAAGCAGUAGUAGUAGAAGUAGACUCCUAUUUUCCACUCUGUAUGUUUAAGCAAUUAAGCUUUGACACAUUUUUUCUAGUGAUAUUAACGCCCUCUCAUUGGCAAAGAUCGAAUCCAAGUUAAAAGCUAUUAUGUUACGUUGUUUAUUUUACAUAUAAAGGGUGAUUCACCUUAUGCGGGACUUUAUUUCACGCGGAAAUGUAUGGGUAUUUUAUUAUUACAGUCUGCUUAAGAAAACAUGUAAUUUUGUAAUUUUUUUAUGUAGCUCUCGAGGGGACAGUUGAAAAGAGUUUUUAAAUUUAGCCCGCAUUUCAUAUACUACAUUAAUAGCUUUUCUCUAGAAAUAAAGCCUCGGAUAAAUUGAUUCACCCUGGAUAUAUUUUUGAAUGUUGCCACCUAUGUACAAAAAACUCCAUAGUAUCUAUGGUUUUUCCCCAAAAAAUGGGUGGUUUGUGUUGUUGGAUUUACUUUCCAUUUGAUUGUUACCGUCGGUAGACACAUAAACCAGCCAUUUGCCGUUCGUUCACACCUCCCAUUAACAAAGUAAUUUAUUUUUUUACAAUUUUGUAUAUAUUUUUAAGCAGUUUGUCGCUGUAACAUUUGUGUACAUACCUGCCGUCGUUGAUGUUUACUUUGUUUAUAUUUUUUAGAGCUCAUAUUGUACAUCUACUGUAAGGUGUAAAUGAUGAUUUUAUUUUUGCAACUUAUUGUGAUUUCUUAGGUUUAGUUUCAGCUGCUGUUAGGAGCGAUUUUCGAUUAGUGUUAGUUAUUGUUUGGAUUAAUAUCAUUGACGUCUCGCUCUCCCAAGUGCACGGUUGAGAAGUUUGAAAGUGGUCCUUAUUUUGCCUAUAUGUGAAAGUUGUGAUGCUAAAACUAUUUAUAUAAGAAACCAGUAGAGAGUAUUUAUGGCUAAGUAUAUAUAUUUAUGAAUAAACUGCAAACAUUUCCUGUACAGUGUGUCCCAGAGAUGGCGGCUGGGCAAGCUAUACAUUGGAAGUCUCUCAAAGGCCUAUUCCUUCUUCCACAUUUAUCAAGUUCAAUGUGAGUACGGAAACGUGGCUAUUGAGGGACAACCAGUGUAUUUUAUAGGGCUACAGUUUCGACCGCGUAAUUGCAGAAAAGGAGUUUUUUUAGAUCACUUAGGCGGAGCCAUUUUUGUACGCAGCUAUAUACUCGACGGUGUUUUAUACCUCAAUGUUUUUUACGAUAUAUUUAUAUAUACAUUUAAUGUACUUAAUACUUUACUAGUAUUACGACCAACGUAUUCGUACCGCAGUAUUUGAAAGGAUUCUUUGGCACUUUGGAAAUGGUUCUCUCUGCUCAUUUGGCAUCGAGAAUCCGCCGAUUUUGCCACGAAAAGCUUCACACCCACCACCCAUAUAUAUAAACAAUCAUUUAGUUGUUAACGAGAAGAAAACUUUAAAAGACUUAAAAUCAUCAGUAUUCUAGUCAUUAGAUAAGGAUAUUGCGUACCGCUUACGAUAAAUUACAUUUUAAGCCACUGAAAUGUAAAAAAAUUAUUUGUAUUGUAUCAAUAAAAUGUUUUGUGUAUAAAUAA